UUGGCGGCCAUCUUUCCUGUGGUCAACUCGCACAAAACCUGUCCUGGAGCGGGUGUUGCGGCGCCAGAGAAAGUCCGCCGAAUAAGAUAUGGAAAAGGAGUCAUGCGUCUCUGUAAUAAGGAGCUCACAGAACCACGAAGGACCAAGGCGGAAAGCAUGAACUAAGUUAGCUAGCGGGCUACAGAUUCCGCAGACAAACGGAACGAUUCAAUCACAUCAAUCAAGUUUCCAGCCGGAUUUUGAUAGCCGCUUCCGUUGCUCAGCGGAAAUGUGAGUCGCCAGAGGACAGACUCUUGGAAGAAUCCGCUAACGACCGUGUGAGCCACCGGAAUCAUGUCGAGUCUGGCGGUGAGAGACCCGGCCAUGGAUCGAUCACUGCGUUCCGUGUUCGUGGGAAACAUUCCGUAUGAGGCAACUGAGGAGCAGUUAAAGGACAUUUUCUCGGAGGUUGGUUCCGUUGUCAGUUUCCGGCUGGUAUACGAUAGAGAGACGGGAAAGCCCAAGGGCUAUGGCUUCUGCGAGUACCAGGACCAGGAGACCGCGCUUAGUGCUAUGCGGAACCUCAAUGGGCGGGAGUUCAGUGGGAGAGCCCUUCGGGUGGACAAUGCUGCUAGUGAAAAGAAUAAGGAGGAGUUAAAGAGCCUAGGGCCUGCAGCGCCCAUCAUUGACUCACCCUAUGGGGACCCCAUCGAUCCGGAAGAUGCCCCCGAGUCGAUUACCAGAGCCGUCGCCAGUCUCCCCCCGGAGCAAAUGUUUGAGCUGAUGAAGCAGAUGAAGCUCUGUGUCCAAAACAGUCACCAGGAAGCGCGAAACAUGUUACUUCAGAACCCGCAACUGGCUUAUGCACUGUUGCAGGCACAGGUAGUGAUGAGAAUCAUGGAUCCAGAGAUUGCGCUGAAAAUCCUGCAUCGCAAGAUACAUGUCACACCACUGAUCCCAGGCAAAUCUCAGUCGGCCUCUGUCUCUGGCCCUGGUCCUGGCCCCGGUCCUGGCCCCGGCCCGAGUCCCGUCCCUGGCCCUGGCCCUGGCCCUGGCCCUGGGCUCUGCCCAGGACCUAAUGUUCUGAUGAACCAGCAGAAUCCUUCAGCCCCUCAGCCUCAGCAUUUGGCUAGAAGACCUGUGAAGGACAUUCCUCCUCUGAUGCAGACUCCUAUCCAAGGUGGAAUUCCAGCUCCUGGGCCAAUACCAGCUGCAGUUCCAGGACCUGGACCUGGUUCCUUAACUCCUGGAGGAGCAAUGCAGCCCCAAGUUGGAAUGCCAGGGGUUGGCCCCGUGCCUUUGGAGCGAGGACAAGUGCAGAUGUCAGAUCCUAGAGCUCCAAUACCUCGUGGACCCAUGACUCCUGGUGGCCUACCUCCUCGAGGACUGUUAGGGGAUGCUCCAAAUGACCCGCGUGGAGGGACUUUGCUUUCAGUCACUGGAGAAGUGGAGCCCAGAGGUUACCUGGGCCCACCCCAUCAGGGUCCUCCCAUGCACCAUGCUUCUGGUCAUGACAGCCGUGGGCCCUCCUCCCAUGAGAUGAGGGGAGGGCCAUUAGCAGAUCCCAGACUGCUAAUUGGCGAGCCCAGAGGCCCCAUGAUGGAUCAGAGGGGUCUACCUAUGGAUGGUAGAGGUAGUAGAGAUUCUCGAGGGAUGGAGACUCGAGCCAUGGAAACUGAAGUCUUAGAGACACGAGUCAUGGAGAGAAGAGGAAUGGAGACCUGUGCAAUGGAAACCAGAGGGAUGGAAGCAAGAGGCAUGGAUGCAAGAGCGUUGGAGAUGAGGGGCCCUGGCCCCAGUUCAAGAGGCCCUAUGACCGGUGGAAUCCAGGGUCCUGGUCCCAUGAGUAUGGGGGCAGGUGGCCCUCAGGGACCCAGACAGGUCCCAAGUAUUUCAGUGGUGGGAAAUCCUGGAGCUGGCAUGCAAGGUACAGGCAUUCAAGGGGCAGGCAUACAAGGAGCAGGCAUGCAGGGAGGAGGCAUGCAAGGAGGAGGAAUGCAGGGAGGAGGCAUGCAAGGAGGAGGAAUGCAGGGAGCAAGCAUACAAGGAGCAGGCAUGCCAGGGGCAAGCAAGCAGAGUGGAGGUCAGCCUAGCAGUUUUAGUCCUGGACAGAGCCAGGUAACUCCACAAGAUCAAGAAAAGGCAGCUUUGAUCAUGCAGGUUCUCCAACUGACUGCAGAUCAGAUUGCCAUGCUGCCUCCUGAGCAAAGGCAGAGCAUCCUGAUUUUAAAGGAACAAAUCCAGAAAUCCACUGGAGCUUCUUGAAAGGGUUUAGAAAAUACUUGUCUGUAGUUUCAGAAAGUUUAUUCUGUAGCAUGAAGAGUAGGUGCAAAAAGCUGACCUUUGCAUCCCCACAGUUGGAUUAGGGUUGCCCUCCUUCUAGAACCUAAUCUCAUUUCUUAUUAUCUUUAUUUCUUCCUGUUUUCCUUUUUAUUUCUAGUUGUGGGUGGGGGGAGGAGGGAGGGGACUAUUCACUUUAAGUCACUGUAAGUAAACAAACAUCACUCUGAAUAUGAUUAUAUUAUACCAAAUGGAGUUACAGCAAAUAUGCAGCAAUAUGAAAGUGUCUACAAUAUGUUAACUACAUUUUUAAAAUACAGAGUAAAACUGUGUGAAAACUGCACAUAUAGACUAAAAGGUGACUUGUUAAAACGGUAAUGUACUAAGAUAGUUUUAAGACUUUUGGUUGUACAACAAAAUAAAAAAGUUUACCUCAAUAUUAUAAGAUAUAUUUUUUGGUAAGCCAUUUGAAAUACAAAAUCCUAUUUUGGAGGCAAUAGAAGGCUGUAUUAGGUUAAGCAUUGUUUUAGAAUUAUUUUAAAACAUUAGAGCUAACAGGGUAAGUUUAAACUGGUGGUACUGGAAUUCUUUUUUCUAAAGCUAUGUUACCUGAAAAAUCAGAGUGCACUUGACUUGAUAUUAUUUUAUUUAUCCCACCCUUCAGACACCAGCAACAUUCUGGCCUGGCCCUAAGCAUGAUUUUGCUGGGAUGGUUCUAGGAUCAGCCAUACUUAAAUGUGCUCUGACAAGACCCAAUAAUUUCUCAAUAACUUCAUGUUUCUCAGUAGUCUUUAAACCCUAGAUUUAAAUCUGAAUAAAUCCCUUACAUCCUUCCCCAAAAUCGUGGCUAGGGACCAGUUGAUGUGGAUGAGUUCUACACAGCUUUGAGCUUUUCAGAAAUAGUGGAAGGUUUCAUUCAGUAAAGCUCUCAGUUUCCUGGUAUCUAGCAUCCAGAAUCUUAGUCUAAACAUCAUUUAACAUGUUGCUUAGUUUUCUUAUUUCAGGAUAUGCUUUUCUAUCACCAUCUUUUCAAAAUAAUUGAGGCCCAAGCAGGUAGAGGUAUGCAUAUAGCCUGAAUUAUCUGUUCAGUUGACUAAUUACUCAUUUUAUUUUUUGGUUCUAAUAUACACUCCCAUGAGAUAUUUUUAAAAAUUGGUUGGGAGAUGAGGCUUACCACAUUUCCUUGAGCGCUACCUAGUUUUAUUUUUAAGCCAUGAGUAUAUGGACACGCUAACAUUUGUAUCAUAAACCAAGUAACAACAGAGACAUAAAUUCCCAAAUAACCAGGUCAUCUUCCUAUGGAGAAGAAAAACCAGUAUCUAGUUACAGAGGAAAAAAUAACACAAAAAGAGCCGAGACUUAAAAAUUGAGCUAUUUUUCCUUUGCAAGGUUUUUACAUUUCAAAUGAGUCACUCUUUUUACAAGGCUUUCAUCCCUAUGCUGUUGUUCUCUACUUCCUGUUUUACUCUUUGCUGUUAAUACUGUUAACUUUCCCAUGUUUCCUAUGUACUUUCCCUGUAUUGGAAAGAAUAACACCCUUGCAUGUGUGGUAGUUCUUGUUAAUACUGUUUCACAGUUGGUUUGAUUACUUUGAAAUUCUGGUUGCUUUAUCCUAAAGGUUUCACUGAAGGAGUUCUAACUAAGAAAUGUUACAAUCUCUGUUCUAGUAAAAUAUCUACAUUGUUUAAUGCAGACUUAAUAAAAAGUGUACAACAGUUAA